UCACUCUCCCCCCCGCAAAACCCUAACCCUAGCCGCAUCAGAGAGAGCGCUCGUAGAGAGAUCCGAAGCGGCGGCGAAGGAGACGAAGAUGAGCCGAGGAGGAGGGAGCGCUGCGGCGGCGGCGGCGAAGGGGGGGAAGAAGAAGGGCUCCACCUUCGUGAUCGAUUGCUCGAAGCCCGUCGAGGACAAGAUCAUGGAGAUCGCAUCCUUGGAGAAGUUUCUCCAGGAGCGGAUCAAGGUCGCGGGGGGAAAGGCCGGUGCCCUAGGCGACGCUGUCAUCGUCACCCGCGAUAAGAACAAGAUUACCGUCACCUCCGAGGGGCCCUUCUCCAAGAGAUACUUGAAAUAUCUUACGAAGAAGUACCUCAAGAAGCACAAUGUGCGUGAUUGGCUGCGAGUGAUCGCAUCCAACAAGGACCGCAGCGUGUACGAGCUGCGAUACUUCAACAUCGCCGAGAAUGAGGGCGAGGAGGAGGAUUAGAUGCUUUGAGCUUUCUUUCAUGUUUUGUGCUGAGCUAGUUCUGGGUCAUGGCAACUGCUUUUGUAGUUUCAAUCAGGGAUUAUGUUACUCAAUUAUCUAUUUAUGGAUAAGUAGUAGACAGCAUUGAUUUUGUCAGAAGUUUGGUUUUGUUACUCUCUUAUCUUUGUUUUGAUGUGGCACCAGCUUCUCUUACUCAAUUUUUCAAUUUGAAGUGUGUGAAUGUGCUGGAUUUUCUCUA